AUGUCUUCCAAAUCAUCUUCAUCUUUGAUUAACCGCGUAACACCCUUGUUCACUUCUUGGAUUCGACAGAACCACAGGCUUCUUAGCUCUUCUGCUCUUCGCGAAACUUCUUCCUUUGUUGACGAUUCCAUUCGUUUGACUGACAAUUGCAUCCGGAGACUGAAAGAACUGCAAACCAGUGAAGAGUCGGCUAAAGAAAAAAUGCUUCGUUUGGGUGUGGAAACUGGUGGAUGUUCUGGUUUCCAGUAUGUUUUUGACUUGGACGAUAAAACCAAUCCAGAUGACAGAGUUUUUGAGAGGGAAGGAGUCAGAUUGGUGGUUGAUAGUAUUUCAUAUGAUUUUGUGAAAGGGGCUACUGUUGACUUUGUUGAGGAGCUAAUCCGUUCUGCUUUUAUAGUGGCUGCCAAUCCAAGUGCAGUGGGCGGGUGCAGUUGUAAAAGUUCUUUCAUGGUGAAACACUAUUAUUUGAAUCAAGCUGUAGUGCCUAUUACCUUGUAUAAUAAUGAUCGAAUGUCAUUUAGAAGAGCCAGAGGUGUGCCCCGUCGCCCUGAUAAAAUGUGUAGAAUCUGCAUUAGAAAGCUAGAAACAAUGGCUCCUGCUCUCUGA